AUGUCCCACCCUAUCAACAAAUUCCAACCAUUCCCCAACUUCUACGUCUACCGACCAGGUUACAUGGUAGUUCCUCUGAUUCCCCUUGACGAGCUACCUUCCUGGAUCCAAGUCGGCAAUUUCGACUGGGGCGAUAGCUCGCUCUACGAGGCUAUGCUUCCAGCUAGCUUUAACUGUUUCCCAAGAAUAGGUGAAUACGACAUUAUAUGUCAUCAUUGCUACAAAAACGUCGACAGCUACCAUCGCAGUGUGUCUGAGCGGAGUGAUAGCAAUGCCUCUUCUCGUGCCUCCGAUCUUCCCAAGGGGCUUGCUGCUCAAUUGCCUGCGAAUUCUAUCUUGUUGGAUCCAUCCUUUAAGCUUGAGCAGCCGCCGUUUGGGGCAAGCUUGAAUGUUAGUCCGUUUGUUGGACUGUGCUUCUCUUCUCGGAAAAGACUGUGUGAGCUCUUGUGCCCAUGUCUUCGGUGUACCCAGAACGGCCAGGAUCAGCAGAAUGACCAGAACCAGGAGAAUGAACACUCUGAACACUCUGAACACUCUGGACACUCUGAACAUGAGGAACACUCUGAACACUCUGAACAUGAGGAACAAUCUGAGCAUGAGGAUCAGUCUGCACAUGAUCCUCCUGGGCAUCCUCCACCUGCGAAUACUCCUGAAUAUCCUCUUGUCAAUAAUCCUGCGGAUUCCCCUAACCCUCCUGCAAAUCCGCCCCUGAAUUCGCCUCCAGAGUCUCCGGAUCAUUCGAACCCUUCUCUGCCAGAGGAAGAGGGAAUUCCUCUAGUGACUAUGUCUCAUUUAGACCAAGGACAUCGGGCAAGCCAAGCGUCUCAGGCAGCACAGGCGGCUCAGGCAUUCCAGGAGAACGGGACUCGUCGGACGCGCUGGGAUAUUCGGGACUCUAUAAGAGCGGAAGCAAGAGAUCGGUCCGCAUCGGAAACCGCAAUCACUGAGUCAUCUUCCAUUCACGCCGUACCAAUUACCGGGACAGACCCUCCAGCUGAGGCAGAACAGGAAGGAGAAGCACCUCCCCGGAAUCAUGUAAACGGAGUCACUCCUGUAGAUACGCCAGGCUAUGCAGCUUCUGCAUCUACAUCUGUUGAACAUACUCAACCUCAGACGAAUGGAGGAAGUGAAGCUCCGACUUCAGGAGGCAGUGGAAACGGCUCCUUUGGGAGGAGGCGUGCGCGACAUCGAGAUAGAUUGAAUCGCCGGGGUCAGUUGUUCGAAGACGACAUGUCUGCCCCAGAAACGGGGAUUGAUCGUAUUGAUUCUGUUGUUGCAGGGCUGUCAGGAAUCCUUGUUGAAACAGACGUGAUUCAACCUCGCCAGGAUGGGCAACGGCAGAACCACAAGGAUCAAAUCCGUAGUGAUUUGGAACGCGGCGUUGAGACACCAGACCACAUCCUCGGGGAGACAUGUAUGCGGCAGGGAAGUAUCCCAGAAGGCGUUGAUGGGGAUGCAGAAGAUGAGGGUGCUGAGGACCAUCCAGAGGCCGGUGAUGAUGACGAAGAUGAGGGUGAGGAUGAGGAGGAUGCGGUAGGUGUGUGUUGGGAAGAGGCGGCGGUAGAGGAAUAUUAG